UAAACUGCCCUACCACUCGCUAGUGCAAGAUGGAGAAGCAAAUGUAACACGCAUUUGAGAUAGUUUAAAGAAACUGCAAAGCUAGCCAAGGAUGUGAAUGGUGGAACUUUUGAACCAAAGCAGUUUCUGGUAAAGUGACCAGAACAUGCUGUUAAGUGGGUAUUGCCAAACUAUUUUCUAAAUUUCUCAACAGGAGCAAAAAAUAGAAAUUGUCGACAAUGAAGGUAGACAGAAGCAAGUUAAAGAAAACUCCUACGGAAGCUCCUGCUGACUGCAGGAUACUUAUAGAGAAGCUCAAAGCGUGCAGUGAUGAGCAACUCCUGGUUGAGCUGCAGCACAUCAAGACCUGGAAUAUUGGCAAGUGUGAGCUGUACCAUUGGGUGGACCUUCUGGACCGCUUUGAUGGCAUUCUGUGUGAUGCAGGCCAGACAGUGGAGAAUAUGUCAUGGUUACUAGUAUGUGACCGUCCAGACAAUGGACAGCUCAAAGCUCUGCUUUUAGCAGUGCUCAACUUCACAGCCCUGCUCAUUGAGUAUAGCUUCUCCAGGCACCUCUACAGCUCCAUAGAGCACUUAACCACCUUGUUAGCGUCAUGUGACAUGCAGGUGGUCCUGUCUGUGCUGAACCUGCUCUAUGUGUUCAGUAAGCGCUCCAACUAUAUCACAAGACUAGGAUCUGACAAAAGGACGCCUUUACUGGCCCGUCUGCAACACCUGGCUGAGAGCUGGGGAGGAAAGGAGAAUGGCUUUGGUCUGGCUGAGUGUUGCAGGGAUCUGCCUAUGACGCAGAAGUAUCCUCCCAGUGCCACCACACUGCACUUUGAGUUCUAUGCCGAACCAGGUCCUGAGGUCAAAGUAGACCGGAAGCAGACAAGUAGUAACACACUACACUAUAUUCACAUCGAGCAGCUUGACAAGAUUUCAGAGAGCCCAUCUGAGAUCAUGGAGUCACUGACAGUGAUGUACAACAUCCCUAAAGAUAAACAGACCCUACUGUUCACACAUAUUCGACUGGCCCAUGGCUUCUCAAAUCACAAGAAAAGGCUGCAGGCUGUGCAAGCCCGACUGCAUGCUAUUUCUAUAUUGGUGUAUUCAAAUGCACUCCAGGAGUCAGCCAACAGUAUUCUGUAUAAUGGCUUGAUAGAGGAGCUGGUGGAUGUACUACAAAUUACAGACAAACAGCUUGUGGAUAUCAAGGCAGCAUCUUUGCGCACUUUAACUUCGAUUGUCCAUCUGGAGAGGACUCCAAAGCUUUCCAACAUCAUUGACUGCACCGGCACUGCCUCCUACCAUGGGUUUUUGCCUGUGUUGGUGCGCAACUGUAUACAAGCAAUGAUAGAUCCUCUGAUGGAACCAUACCCACACCAAUUUGCUACUGCACUCUUCUCUUUCCUCUACCACUUGGCCAGCUAUGAUGCUGGAGGGGAAGCCCUUGUUUCCUGUGGUAUGAUGGAGGCUCUGCUGAAGGUGAUAAAGUUUCUGGGUGAUGAGCAGGACCAGAUCACUUUUGUGACACGAGCAGUGCGGGUAGUGGACCUCAUCACCAACCUGGACAUGGCUGCCUUUCAGUCCCACAGCGGCCUUUCCAUUUUCAUCUGCAGGCUAGAGCAUGAGGUAGACCUGUCAAGAAAAGAGUGCCCUUUUGUCAUCAAGCCAAAGAUCCAGAGACCUAGCUCAGCUGUGGACUCUGAGGACAUGGACACGGAUAUGGAGAUGUCAGAAGUUGCCAUGGAAAGCAGCCCUGGCCCAUCAACAUCCUCUGGUUCCAGACCAGAGGUGGAUCACCGAGCACAGAGCAAUACUGUCAAUACACCACGUGCAGGUAUGCAGUGUAUUCCACAAAGGGCAGCUCUGUUGAAAUCAAUGCUUAAUUUCUUAAAGAAAGCCAUUCAGGAUCCUGCCUUCUCUGAUGGUAUUCGCCAUGUAAUGGAUGGGUCCUUGCCUACCUCACUCAAGCACAUCAUCAGUAAUGCAGAAUACUAUGGACCCUCACUGUUCCUCUUGGCGACAGAGGUUGUGACGGUGUUUGUGUUCCAGGAGCCAUCCCUGCUCUCCUCUCUGCAGGAUAAUGGUCUUACUGAUGUUAUGCUGCAUGCCCUUCUCAUCAAAGAUGUUCCUGCCACACGUGAAGUUUUGGGUUCUCUCCCCAAUGUAUUCAGUGCCCUGUGCCUGAAUGCAAGAGGCCUGCACUCUUUUGUUCAAUGCCAGCCCUUUGAGCGCCUCUUCAAAGUGCUUUUGUCUCCUGACUACCUGCCUGCCAUGCGACGGCGACGCAGCUCUGACCCAUUGGGUGACACCGCAUCAAAUUUGGGCAGUGCUGUCGAUGAGCUCAUGAGACACCAGCCCACUUUGAAGACUGAUGCUACUACUGCCAUUAUUAAGUUACUGGAGGAGAUCUGCAACCUGGGCAGAGCUCCUGAGUACAUCUGCCAGAAACCAUCUAUACAGAAAGCAGAUGGUACUGUUGCAGUGCCACCAGCAAGAUCCAGUCAUGCAGCUGAGGAGGCUUCAAGUGAGGAUGAAGAGGAAGAGGAGGCCCUUCACACCUUCAGCCAACAGCAGGGGGAACCAGAGAGCAACAGACAGUCAGUGCCACUUGAACUGGUGGUGGGUACUGAGGAACGGAUACCAAUUCCCCUCAUGGAUUAUAUCCUGAAUGUGAUGAAGUUUGUGGAAUCUAUACUAAGCAACAACACCACAGACGACCACUGUCAGGAGUUUGUCAACCAGAAGGGGCUCCUACCUCUGGUUUCUAUUCUGGGCCUGCCCAACCUGCCCAUUGACUUCCCCACCUCUGCUGCCUGCCAGGCUGUAGCUGGUGUCUGCAAGUCCAUACUGACUCUUUCCCAUGAGCCCAAGGUCCUCCAGGAGGGCCUGUGCCAACUGGAUAGUAUUUUGACAUCAUUGGAGCCUCUUCAUCGCCCAAUCGAGGUGCCUGGGGGGUCUGUGCUUCUCAGAGAAUUGGCUAAUGCGGGCCACGUCACUGAUGCUACAUUGUCAGCACGUGCUACACCUCUGCUACAUGCUCUUACAGCAGCGCACGCCUACAUCCUCAUGUUUGUCCAUACUUGCCGAGUAGGACAGAGUGAAAUCAGGGCUAUCUCAGUCAACCAGUGGGGCUCCCAGCUGGGUUUGAGCGUCCUCAACAAGCUCAGUCAGCUCUACUGCUCUUUAGUAUGGGAAAGCACUGUCCUGCUGUCCCUUUGCACACCUAACAGUCUGCCGCCAGGUUGUGAGUUUGGCCAGGCUGACAUGCAGAAACUGGUGCCCAAAGAGGAGAAACCAUCUGGCAGCACUGCUACAGCCAUAGCCUCUGGCUCCAGGAGAACGGAGUCUGAAGCAGUAUCUGUUGACUCAUCUGCUGGUGGAUUGUUGGAAGGCAUGGGUCUAGAUGGGGAUACACUGGCUCCCAUGGAGACCGACGAGCCCACUGCAACAGACCCCAAGGCCAAAUCCAAACUGACUCCAGCUAUGGCCACUCGCAUCAAACAGAUUAAACCUCUGCUAUCUGCUUCAUCACGACUUGGCAGGGCACUGGCUGAGCUCUUUGGCCUGUUGGUGAAGCUAUGUGUGGGCUCACCAGUGCGACAGCGCCGCUCCCACCAUGCAACUAGCACAGGCACCACACCAACACCUGCUGCCCGGGCCACUGCUUCUGCCCUUACCAAACUGCUCACUAAGGGUCUGAGCUGGCAGCCUCCACCGUACACACCCACACCACGCUUCAGGCUGACCUUUUUCAUCUGCUCAGUGGGUUUCACAUCUCCCAUGCUGUUUGAUGAGAGGAAGUAUCCCUACCAUCUCAUGUUGCAGAAGUUCUUCUGUUCUGGAGGGCAUGAUGCCUUAUUUGAGACGUUUAACUGGGCUCUGUCAAUGGGUGGUAAGGUGCCUGUGUCUGAGGGUCUGGAGCAUGCUGAGCUACCAGAUGGGACAGGAGAGUUCUUGGAUGCCUGGUUAAUGUUAGUUGAGAAGAUGGUAAACCCAAGCACUGUGUUGGACUCCCCACAUUCCCUGCCAGCUAAAAUGCCUGGGGUGACACCCACCAUGCCUCAGUUCAGUGCCCUUCGAUUCCUCAUUGUCACCCAGAAGGCUGCAUUCAACUGCAUCCGCAGUUUGUGGAAUAGGAAACCACUGAAGGUGUAUGGAGGCAGGAUGGCUGAGUCUAUGCUGGCCAUUCUUUGUCACAUCCUGAGAGGGGAGCCUGUAAUCCAGGAGCGUCUAGCCAAGGAAAGGGAGGGGACCGUACGUCCAGAUGAGGAGGCUCCCUCUGCUGGAUCUCUGGGAGCCAGUGGAGCCCCUGGAGCAUCUACAACAAGCAGCGAGGGACCUCCAGCAACUGGAACAGGUUCUAGUGGGCCAACAGCAGGAUCAGCUGAUGAUACCUCCAACUCUUCUACCCGCCGUGAGCCCCAGGUUAACCAGGCUCAGCUCACACAGCUGAUGGAUAUGGGUUUCUCACGAGAGCAUGCCAUGGAGGCUUUAUUGAACACCAGCACCAUGGAGCAAGCCACAGAAUACUUACUUACCCACCCUCCUCCACUUCUUGGUGGAGCAGUAAGGGACCUGACUAUGUCUGAGGAAGACCAGAUGAUGAGGGCUAUUGCCAUGUCUCUUGGGCAGGAGGUCAGCAUGGAGCAACGCUCUGACUCUCCAGAGGAAGCAGCACGUCGACGUGAAGAGGAAGACAGGAGAGCUAGGGAGCGGGCAGAGGAAGAAGAGGCCCGCUGUUUGGAGCGCUUCAUGGAGACUGAACCACUGGACCCCCAGGAGCUGCAUACCUUCACUGACUCCAUGCUGCCUGGGUGCUUCCACCUUCUGGAUGAGCUGCCUGACACUGUCUACCGUCUCUGUGACCUGCUGAUGACCGCCAUCAAGAGGAGUGGCCCAGAGUACAGAGACCUUAUCCUUGGUCAGGUUGUUCACCAGGUGUGGGAGGCAGCAGACGUACUUAUCAAGGCAGCUGUGCCCCUGACGACCAGUGACACAAAGACUGUGUCUGAGUGGACCCGACAGAUGGCUACACUGCCCCAGGCCUCCAAACUGGCAACUCGGAUUCUGCUACUGACAUUGCUCUUUGAGGAGCUGAAGCUGGUGUGUGCUAGAGUGGUAGAGAACAGUGGCAUUCUUGAUUUGCUGAUUAAGCUGCUUGAGGUGGUGCAGCCUUGCUUGCAGGCUGCCAAGGAACAAAAAGACAUCCAGACACCAAAAUGGAUCACACCAGUAUUGCUGAUCAUUGAUUUCUAUGAGAAAAUGGCAGUUUCCUCAAAGCGCAGAGCACAAAUGAACAAGUACCUGCAGCCCAAUGGAAAUAACUGGCGAUGGUUUGAUGAUCGCUCAGGCCGCUGGUGCAGUUACAGUGCAUCGAACAACAGCACCAUAGAUUCAGCAUGGCGAGCUGGGGAGAGCAGUGUGCGGUUCACAGCUGGACGCAGGAGAUACACUGUGCAGUUCAACACCAUGGUGCAGGUAAAUGAAGAGACCGGUAACAGGAGGCCAGUGAUGUUGACUGUCCAGAGAGUUCCUCGCUUGCCCAAGCCUGCCAAGUCAAGUAGCAUGACGGACUCGGAGAGAGAAGAUGGGGACAGGAGCAAAGUUGAAGAAACUCAGACUGAUAUAGACUCUGGGGCACCAGUGGAGAUGGGUGCUCCUAAAGUGGAUUCAAGCCAAUUGAAGGAGAGCACAUCUGGGGCCUCGUCUUCCAUGGAGCCUGACCAUUCUCAGGGUUCUGAUAUUGUUGUACAGGGUUUGAGUGAGGACAUGACCACCAUCCUUAUUCGGGCUUGUGUCAGUAUGAUCAGUGUUCCUGUCGACCCAGACACUCUCCAUGCAACAUUGCGUCUUUGUUUGCGCCUUACACGCAAUCACCACUAUGCUAUGAUGUUUGCUGAGCUGAAGAGCACACGAAUGAUUUUGGGCCUGACUCAGAGCUCUGGCUUCAAUGGAUUUACUCCACUUGUUACUCUGCUGUUCAGACACAUCAUAGAAGAUCCAGCGACACUUCGCCACACCAUGGAAAAGGUUGUGAGGUCAGCUGUGACCAGUGGAGCAGGAAGUACCACCUCAGGAGUUGUGUCAGGCAGUCUCGGUUCCAGGGAAAUCAAUUAUAUCCUGCGUGUCCUGGGCCCAGCUGCUUGCCGCAAUCCUGAAUGUUUUGCAGAAACUGCCAGCAACUGUGUCCGAAUCGCCUUGCCUGCACCUCGUGGAGCUGGCACAGCGUCUGACGAUGAGUUUGAGAACCUUCGAAUUAAGGGGCCCAAUGCUGUGCAGCUGGUGAAGACGACUCCGUUAAAACUUUCCCCUUUACCAUCUAUCCCUGACACAAUCAAGGAGGUUAUAUAUGACAUGCUCAAUGCUUUGGCUGCUUAUCAUGCACCCGAAGAAACUGAGCGCCCAGAGGAGCGUGCAUCUGCAGUACCUGGUGGUCAAGACCUAUGCCAGAUAUUGCAAGAUGUUGGCGAUGAUGUUUACCAGCAGUACCGACUCACACGUCAGGGCAGUGACUUUGACUCCCAGUCCGCAUUCCAUAUCAAUACUCAAGUGUUUGCUGCUGAUGGAGGUGUGGCUGAAACUUCCCAGUCUGGAACACCACAAGGAGAAGCCUCCACACCAGAAGAAAUGCGAGAGGAAAAGAAAGAACAGGAGGGAGAGAAGGGCACCAGCUCAGAAGAGAGUAAAGCUGCUAAGGUGAAGGCGAGCAAGCCAUUAAUGCCGACCUCCACCAUACUCAGACUGCUGGCUGAACUUGUGCGCUCCUACGUGGGGAUUGCCACACUAAUCGCCUCCUACUGUUACACUGCUGGACAGUCGGAGCUGAUUAAGGAGGAUUGCAGUGUCCUAGCAUUUGUACUGGAUCACUUGCUACCCCAUACCCAGAAUUCUGAGGACAAGGACACUCCAGCCCUAGCUCGUCUCUUCCUUGCCAGUUUGGCUGCUGCUGGUACAGGCACUGAUGCCCAAGUAGCCCUAGUCAAUGAGGUCAAGGCGGCCCUCAGUCGAGCUCUAGCAAUGGCCGAAGGUGCUGAAAAGCAUGCAAGGCUUCAGGCAGUAAUGUGCAUCAUUAGCACCAUCAUGGAAUCAUGUCCCUCCACCUCCAGCUUCUAUAGUACAGCAGCUGCGAAGACCCAGCACAAUGGAAUGAAUAACAUCAUCAGACUCUUUCUAAAGAAAGGCCUGGUCAAUGACUUGGCCCGAGUACCUCACAGCUUGGAUUUGUCCAGUCCAAACAUGGCUAAUACAGUGAAUGCUGCCCUGAAGCCAUUGGAAACACUGUCCCGCAUUGUGAACCAGCCCAGCAGUCUGUUUGGGGGCAAAGGAGGCUCAAGUAAGAACAAGACUGAACAUGAUACUGUGGGAACUGCAAGAGACAGCAACAGCAACACUCAGGACCAAGGUGAGUCUGGUGAGACCGAGGCAGUGGAAGGAAACCACAGAGUCCAAGGAACAGACGGUGACCUGAUGGACGGAGAGACAGAGGGGGAUACAGUGGUCAUUGCUGGUCAGCCAGAGGUUCUCAGUACACAGGCUAUGCAGGUGGAGAAUGAGUUAGUGGAUCUGAUUGAUGAGCUGCUAGAGAGAGAUGCCGGCACGGUAAACAGCACGAUCAUAGUGGGGCGCAGUGGUGAGGAUGAGUCGCAAGAGGAUGUACUGAUGGAUGAGGCUCCCUCUAAUAUCAGCCAAGCAUCUACUCUUCAGGCUAAUCGAGAAGACUCUAUGAACAUCCUGGAGCCAGAAGAUGAGGAGCACACACAGGAGGAAGAUUCAAGUGGCAGCAAUGACGAUGAAGACAGUCAAGAUGAGGAGGAGGAGGAAGAGGAGGAGGAGGAGGAGGAUCAGGAUGAUGAAGAAGGAGAUGAAGAUGAUGACGAUGAAGGUUCAGAGAUGGAGUUGGAUGAAGACUUCCCUGACAUUAAUGCAGCUCCCCAUAUUCGCUUUGAACGAUUUGACCGAGAUGAUGACCUCAUCAUAGAGUUUGACAACAUGUUCUCCAACAACGCUGACAUACCUCCCUCCCCAGGAAACAUUCCCAGCUCUCACCCACUGAUGGUGCGCCAUGCCGACCAUGGUUCCCUCACUCUAGGUGUGGCAGGUACUAGCAGCCGUCUGGCACAGGGGAUGGGACGCAGCCAAAGAACAUUGCGCCAACUCACUGCCAACAGUGGACACACCAUCCAUGUCCACUACCCUGGCAACCGGCAGCCCAACCCUCCUCUUAUCCUGCAGAGAUUGCUAGGCCCCAGUGCUGCAGCAGACAUUUUACAGUUGUCCAGCUCUCUGCCUCUGCAGUCUCGUGGUCGUGCUCGACUCUUGGUUGGAAAUGAAGAUGUUCACAUUAUUGCUCGUUCUGAUGAUGAGUUGUUUGAUGAUUUCUUCCAUGAACAGAGCAGCACAGGAGGACAAGCAGGCACUCUCUCCAGUAUUCCCACUGCCUUAACAAGAUGGACAGAUGAGUGUAAAGUGCUAGAUGCUGAGAGCAUGCAUGAUUGUGUAGCAGUGGUGAAAGUUCCAAUCCUUCAGCAUUUGGAGAGUCUGCGAGAUGAGGAGUUGGAGGAGCGCAGGGAAAAGCGAAGAAGGCAACUAGCUGAGGAGGAGGAGUCGAAGCAGAAUGAAAGGAGAGCAUCUGGAGCAGAACAAGCUAGGGAACAGAGCCUACAGGGUUCUGGACUGGGGACAGUAAAUGGUGCAGAGAACACUGCAGAAGGUGAGCAGGCUCAGGGUAGUGCAGUGUCAUGCCUGGACCCACCCAGGGUCUCGGAGGGCUUCCUCACUGCUCCCCCAUCUGGCGAGGUCACUCCCACUACCCCGGCUCCUCAUGAACAGGCCCUUGUCUCCCUAGAGACUGCCAUCAGCCAGCAGGUCCACCAGCCAAUUGCUGACCUGCUACUGGCCGAAUCACAUGCCAGCUCCCUGGCUGCUCUGGCAGGAGCAGGACUUCCACCCUUGUCAGCAGCUGACAGGCCAAGCGGUGAAGUGGAGGCAUCUCAGAUGGAAAUGUCCCCGGCACCCACAAUUGGUGAGAGAGCCGGAGGAGGUGGUGGAGGAGAAGGAGCGUUGGAUGAAGGCAGGGAAGCCUCUCUUAGUCCAGACAUUGUGGAGACUUCAGAGCCUGCAGUAGUUGGUGUAUCACAGCUAGAAGGGUCACCCAUGGAUACCAGCAGUCCUGCCUCUGCUACACAAGAAGAAGCUGCUCCCACCCCUGCCCAGACUGCCCACCUGUCACAGGAGCUUUCUGGCAGUGGGGAGAGUGGGUUGACUGACAGACAGACUGAUGCAGAGACUGGCUCCACUUCUGUCUCAUCCCCUGGUGAAACCAUGCCCAGAAGUGAUAGCGCCGACAGCCAGUCUCAGGCCAUCCAGGAAGAACCCCUCCCUUCCACCAGCAAUGAGGAAGAGGAUCCUCUUGCAGGUAUCAGUCUGCCAGAGGGUGUGGACCCAUCUUUCCUGGCAGCUCUUCCAGAGGACAUCCGACGAGAGGUGCUGCAAAAUCAACUGGGCAUCAGACCACCUUCCCGUCCUCCUGCUGCCACCAGCCUCCCUUCCUCUACUGCACCUGUACUGGGAGGGCCGGGGGUUACAGAGGUCAGCCCAGAGUUCCUGGCAGCCCUGCCACCUGCCAUCCAGGAGGAGGUUCUUGCCCAACAACGAGCAGAACAGCAGCGCAGAGAGCUAGCUCAGCAGCCUCCACAAGGAGACACUCCUCUGGACCCGGUUACGUUCAUCCAGACGCUGCCCUCAGAGCUCCGGCGUAGUGUCCUCGAAGACAUGGAGGACAGUGUUUUGGCUGUCAUGCCCCCGGACAUUGCUGCUGAAGCAGCUGCUUUGCGUAGAGAACAAGAGGCACGCCAGAGGCAACUGAUGCAUGAGCGACUGUUUGGUCAUAGCUCAUCAUCCGCUCUAUCAGCCAUCUUGCGUUCACCAGCCUUUACAAGCCGUUUAGGCAGCAACCGUGGAGUCCAGUACACCCGACUGGCUGUGCAGAGAGGAGGCACCUUUCAGAUGGGAGGAGGAACAAACCACAGACCAUCUAGUUCCAGUGUGGACUCCUUGUUGCGUCUACGUGGUCGAUUACUGUUGGAUCAUGAGGCCUUGUCUUGCCUGCUGGUGUUACUGUUCGUGGAUGAACCCAAGCUUAACACCAGCCGUUUGCACCGUGUGCUCAGGAACCUCUGCUACCAUUCCCAGACUCGUGGGUGGGUCAUUCGCAGCCUGCUGUCCAUCCUCCAGCGCAGCAGUGAGAGUGAAGUGUGUGUGGAGACGUCACGCUUGGAAGACUCCCGUGGCAAGAGGAGCAUCCAGGGGGGCUGUGGAGGAAAAGGCUCAGCCACAUCCGCCCUCUCCUCUUCAUCAGCUUCUUCUUUAGAGCUACUAAACAGGGUGGAGUCUCGCAGUUCCAGUCAGCUCUCCUGGCUCUCUGUUUCUAUGGAUGCAGCUUUGGGCUGCCGAACAAACAUUUUCCAGAUCCAGCGAGCCUCAGGAAGGAAGCAUGCAGACCGGCACUCAGCCGGGGGUUCUGCAGGAUCAGGAACUAUAGGGGGCGGAGUUUCAGGCACAGCAGCAGGUGUCACAUGUGCUGGAGGUGGAGGUUCAACUGUCCACAUCCACCCACAAGCUGCUCCAGUAGUGUGUCGGCAUGUGUUAGACACACUCAUCCAGCUAGCCAAAGUGUUCCCCAGCCACUUCACACAGCAGCGCUGUAAGGAUCUGUCAACAUCCUCCUCUGACAUAGAGUCGCGUCUUUGUUCAAGCUCCUCUGGGGGAGGGGGUGGGGGCUCCAGGUCAGGAUCGCAGUCCCAGACCAGUGUCAGCUCCAAUGCCUCUAACACCCAAAACUCUUUGGGCUCCUCUGCUGUUACUCCGCAGUCACUGGGAAUCUCCACCGAUUUUUGGGACCUGCUGGUCAAGCUGGACAACAUGAAUGUCAGCCGUAAGGGCAAAGCCUCUAUGAAGACAGUGCCUCUGGGUGGCAGUGCAGAGGCUGAGGGGGCUCAGUUCAGCUUGGAGACAUCCCCUCUUGGCCAGCUGAUGAACAUGCUGUCCCACCCUGUAAUCCGACGGAGCUCUUUGCUUACAGAAAAGCUGCUGCGGCUGCUUUCCCUCAUAUCCAUAGCCCUACCUGACAAUAAAGCCACCGAGGUGCCUGCUGGACACCCGACCCCACAGGCUGCCAACCCCAUCAUAGCAACUAGCUCAGGUGCCACAGCCCCAAUCACAACACAGAGCUCAGCAUCAGCAGGCUCUACGCAGGCCACAGUGGUGGGGACAGGGGCCACUGCAGGAGUUGCAGCCCAGGGUACAUCCUCAGGGACUGGUUUGGUGGCCUCCCUAACACCUUCCACAACAAUCUCAAUACCCACAUCCACUGGAACCACCUCCACAGGGAAACAGCGGAGUAUGGUGAGCAGUACAGAGAUUGACAACAAGAUGGCCUCUGCUGGACUUACAGAGAAACAACUUCAGCUCUCUGUAGAGGUGUUAACAUCCCAUUCAUGUUCAGAGGAGGGUCUGGAGGAUGCAGCAAACAUUUUGCUGCAGCUGUCUAGAGGAGACAGUAGCACUAGGGACACUGUGCUUAGACUGCUGCUCAGUGGCGCUCGACACCUUGGAUACACUCUUUGUAAACAGAUCGGCACGUUACUAGCCGAGCUUAGAGAGUACAACUUGGAGCAGCAGAGACGAGCACAAGCUGAUUCUCAUUCCCCAGAUGCCCCUCCUGAGGAUUCCUCGAUCUCAGCCCGACUCAAGGGCAAAAUGACCAGCAGGUUUGAUGGGUCAGAGAGCGUGGUAAUUGUGGCUGCCCAGAAGCGCACACUUGGAGGACGCGAACUACAGCUUCCCUGUAUGAGCUCACUAACCUCAAAAACAUCAACACAGAAGUUUUUCCUAAGAGUGCUGCAGGUUAUUAUCCAACUUCGUGAGGACACACGGCGUGCUAACAAAAAAGCCAAACAGACAGGGCGAUUAGGUUCUACAAGUCUGGGUUCAGCCAGCAGCAUCCAGGCUGCGGUACGUCAGCUAGAGGCUGAAGCUGAUGCCAUCAUCCAGAUGGUGAGAGAGGGUCAGCGGGCACGCCGGCUUCAACAGGCAGCCCCCCCCACCGCCUCUGCCGCCGUGGCCGUCGCUGCCGGAUCCUCCGUUGCGGCCCCCCAUGCCCCCACUGGUGCUGCUCCCCCUGCUGGCACAGCUGCCGCUGCCACGUCUGAGGUGCAGUCUAUGUCCGAUGCCCAGGCAGCCCAGAGAGAUGAUUCCCCAAUGGACGUGGACCAGCCAUCCCCUCUAGAGCAGGACCCUGCACCUCUGGAUGAAGAUGGAAAUGGUCAGUCAGAGAGUGAGGAAAGACUCCCAGACCUUCCUCUACUCAGCGAGCAGUUGCUAUUGGAUGAACUGUGGGACAUGCUUGGCGAGUGUCUGAAAGAACUGGAGGAGUCCCAUGACCAGCAUGCAGUCUUGGUUCUCCAACCUGCUGUAGAAGCUUUCUUCCUUGUCCAUGCUACGGAGCGAGAAAGCAAACCUCCAGUGAGGGACACUAGGGAGAGCCAACUGUCUCACAUCAAAGAUGAACCCCCACCACUGUCCCCAGCACCUCUUACCCCUGCCACACCUUCUUCCUUAGACCCAUUCUUCUCCAGGGAACCAUCUUCCAUGCACAUCUCUUCAAACCUGCCUCCAGACACCCAGAAGUUCCUCCGCUUUGCAGAAACUCACCGCACAGUGCUUAACCAGAUCCUGCGACAGUCCACCACUCAUUUGGCUGACGGGCCUUUUGCAGUAUUGGUUGACUACAUACGCAUCUUGGACUUUGAUGUUAAGCGGAAGUACUUCCGGCAGGAGCUAGAGCGACUAGACGAGGGCUUAAGGAAGGAGGACAUGGCUGUGCAUGUGAGGAGAGACCAUGUGUUUGAGGACUCCUACAGGGAGUUGCAUCGCAAGAGCCCAGAGGACAUGAAGAAUAGACUGUACAUUGUGUUUGAAGGGGAGGAAGGCCAGGAUGCUGGUGGCCUGCUGAGGGAGUGGUACAUGAUCAUCUCCCGGGAGAUGUUCAACCCCAUGUACGCUCUUUUCCGCACUUCACCAGGUGACCGGGUAACCUAUACGAUCAACCCUUCAUCCCACUGCAACCCCAACCACCUCAGCUACUUCAAGUUUGUCGGUCGUGUGGUGGCCAAGGCAGUCUAUGAUAACCGGUUAUUGGAGUGCUAUUUCACCCGCAGCUUCUACAAGCACAUCCUGGGCAAGAGUGUCAGGUACACAGACAUGGAGAGUGAAGACUACCCAUUCUUUCAGGGCUUGGUGUACUUGUUGGAGAAUGACGUGUCCACACUGGGCUAUGAGCUGACAUUCAGCACAGAGGUCCAAGAGUUUGGGGUGUGUGAAGUGAGAGACCUCAAGCCAAAUGGAGCCAAUAUCCUGGUCACGGAGGAAAACAAAAAAGAAUAUGUACACCUCGUCUGCCAGAUGAAGAUGACAGGUGCAAUCCGCAAGCAGCUGGCAGCCUUCCUUGAGGGAUUCUAUGAAAUCAUCCCUAAGAGGCUGAUCUCCAUCUUCACUGAGCAGGAGCUGGAGCUGCUCAUCUCUGGCCUUCCUACUAUUGACAUCGAUGACUUGAAGGCCAACACUGAAUACCACAAAUACCAGUCCAGCUCCAUCCAGAUUCAGUGGUUCUGGAGGGCCUUGCGGUCUUUUGACCAGGCAGACAGGGCCAAGUUCCUGCAGUUUGUUACUGGCACGUCUAAGGUCCCCCUUCAGGGUUUCGCUGCUCUGGAGGGCAUGAACGGUAUCCAGAAGUUCCAGAUCCACCGUGAUGAUCGCUCCACUGACCGCCUGCCGUCUGCUCAUACCUGCUUUAACCAGCUGGACCUCCCGGCCUAUGAGAGCUAUGAGAAGCUGAGACAUAUGCUGCUGUUGGCCAUUCAGGAAUGCUCCGAGGGAUUCGGACUGGCUUAAACUGAGACUCUUAACACAAACACACACAGACAUUUGAUUUAGGUUUGCCUACUCCUGAUACAUUCACACAGAUAAGAUUUGAACACACAUGCACACUAAUACACACACAUUCACAUGUUCUCAUACACAUUACUGGAUAACUUGUUGAAUGGCCUAGACUUACUGGUUUCUAUUCCUUAUAAAACAGAUAAAACCAGCAAGUGAACUGGACUGAUUGACAUGACCUAUUACACAGAGAGCCUCAUGUUGACACAAAUGUGUCUCCCUCCCCAGUUUAAUGGCAAAUGCAACUGCAGAUUCAGAGGAUUAAAAACAUGGACUAAUAUAAGAGACAUUUUCUUCAUUUAGUUUGAUUUCUCUGUACAAAAGGUUUGGGAGUUUAUUAUGUUGAAUCUUUUUUGUUCUCUGGCUGUGUAAAAAGAAAAAGAAUGUUGUUUGAACAGGAUGGUUAUAAAACCUUUGGGGAAAAAAUGUUGGUGGUUUCUUGUUGCUAAUUUGUGACCUCACAAGCCUUGAUGAUGGGGAACAUUUUUAUGGGGGUGGGGGGGUAUAUGAACAACUUGAGAAGUUUUGGAGAUAUUCACAAAAAUGCACUUUUCAAAGUUUUGUGGCAUUUUUAAGGAAGGAUGGUACAAAAAAUGAAGAGAAAAUCUGAAGGAGAUAAAAGACAUUAACCAUAAAUUCUAGAGUAUUUUUGGCUAUUAAAUCGCUGACCCAGCCUUGAGCCUUUGAAUCAGAGUGGAAUAACUACAUGAAUAAAUGCAUAAAAUUGCGUC